AUGGACACGCAGGCUCGCCAAGAGGCUCUUCCCCUGUGGGUUCACCCCGCGUACUCGAAGCACAUUGUACGGGGCAACUUCAUGGCCCUGAGCACGAGGCCCAAGACGGUCGAGAUGGGCGACUGGAUUGCUCACCAAGGUCCAUGCAACUGUGCGAAGCAACCCGCCUCAAGCCGACCGAGAUUCCGGCGCACGAGUACAUGUCUCAUGCAGCGAUGGGUCGCCAGCAAGACCAACGACCCGCACCUGUUUCCGACCGACCCCGAGGGUGUGAGCUACGCGCCAAACCCUGCUGCUCCGACGACCCUGGCGGCCGACCCGGACGACUGGGUGGGCAAGCGAAGUGCGUUUCCCAGAGAGUUCAGCGGCACCUGCAAGGCCAUCUUUUUGCAAAUGUUCCGCGUCUACGCCCACUUGUUCAGCCGCCAUUUCGUGGACCCGUUCUACCACCUCAACCUGGAGAAGCAGCUCAACAGCUGCUUCAGCCAUUUCCUGUUGACUGCAACGUCGUUGGACAUGCUCCACGCCGACGACCUCGAGCCGGUGCAGCUGCUGAUUGAUCUCUGGGCGGCGGACGGGACGUUUCCGCCCGGAUCCAAAGCGUAUGGUUUGGCGAACCUUGCGUCUGGCGAACGAAUUAUGGCGGCCGCUUGA